AGUAUCAGUUUUGACGUGCAGUUAGUAGGUUGUAGCGCGUUAUUAACCAUAGCGAUAUUGUCGUAAAAAAACGUAAAUAAUUACGUUUUGCUAAUUAUGUAGUGGACGUGUAUCGUUCACAGGAGUGAUGUGAUACGUAUGGUGGUGCUAUUGUUAUAGAUUGUUGUAGAACUCAAAAUGGUGGUUGGAGUAAUAUUUUGGACUUUUGUUUUGGGCAUGAAUUGCGUCGUCGAGGCGGGUUUGAUGGGAGACCAGUGCGACUGGGCCGGCAGUGGCCUAACUUCGUAUACGGAGCGGGGGGUGACGCCUGUAUACCUGAGGUGUCGCGAAGGUUCGGUGUCCUGGGUGUACCCGCGGGGCGCCCUACGGCUGAUGUUCCGACCGCCGCUGCCUGCGGACGAACGAGAGUUCAGAGUUUGCGUGAGGGUCAUCAGGCGGCCCGAUCCACCCGAUCUCUUUCAUAAUGAGAGGUUCAAUGAUACAGAAGCCCCUCAGAGGUUUCCAGUUCGUCUGUUCGUAGAGGGUACCCAACGUCUAGUGCCUCUGUAUGCACCAGAUGAUGGAAAUCCCAAAGAGCUACGAUGCUUCCGCAGCCGUAAGGGCAGAGCUGCCCUGUACGUUGAAGCUGAACCAGAAGAAGGCACCACACGAAGCGAAGCCAUCUUCAAAUAUGAAGCCCGGCCACUCCUGAGACGACAUUACGACCCCGCUACUGCCGACUGUAGACCUUGUUCUGAAGCUGAAUUGGAACUAGCUUUCUGCACUAGCGAUCUAGUGUCCCGAGGCAUUUUCGUACGUACUGAUCAACGCGAGGACUUGGACACGACGCAGCUUACGCUACGGAUUACAAAGCUUAUCCGCGCCACCACACAUGCAGGGGAAGACAGGAAAGACCUCCACGAACCAGCUGAAGAUGGAGAAUACUACAGGUAUGAGGUAGACAAUAGUUUGGAGAGUACGACGCAUCGUAACCGUCGCGGUAGGCGCGCACGCAGUUUGCACGCGCACGUACACGUGCCGGCGGUGUGCGGCGCCGCAGCGGGCCCGGGUGAGUUCCUGGUGAUGGCGCGCCGACGCCUCGGGCGGUACUCGCUCGUGUGCGCGCCCAGGCUCGAUCAGUGGACUGACUUAGUUGAGAAGCGGAACGCUGACGGUACAGCACAUUGCUUGUUGCAGCAUUGACGUGGUUCCUUACGAUCGUCAAGUGUUUAAAGACUGAUUUGACGAUGUAUUACGACACAGGCCAUCCGGGCUUGAUGCGACAAAUGAAUGUUCUCUGUGCGGUGACGUGGAAAGCGUGUGACCUGUAUUGGUUUCUAAAAUCUUCGGUAUAGAACACUAUCACCCGGUUUCUGAAUUGAGAAUUUGAAGUUGAGCACGUCUCAAACCGUGCUUUAGCCAUUUUAAACGUCAAUUAAACGGGUUUUAAAUGCUGAUUUAUAAUUUUUUAUCAUAAAAAUAGGACUUUUUGCCAUAAUGUAAAAACUUAAGUUAUUGAGAAUUUUAUUCUUUUCUCAAUUUAGAAACCGGCCGUAUCUCUAUCAUAUUAAGGUGAAGGAAUAAAUAAACUGUGUGAUGUAGCAUCCAGUCGUUAUUGAACCUUUAGUUCAAUACUUCUGAACUAUUAUACCUGGGAAGUGGGGCCUCUAUAUGUUAUUAUAGACGGUCAAUAAGUUUUAGCGAUUCUGUUAUCGCUGAUUUAAUUGAUUACCUAUUGAGAAACCUCGUAAAAAUAUUAAAAUUACUAGUUAAUAUAUCGCACAACCUGAUAUUAGAGAGAGAGAGAGUAUCCAACUCUGAUUCUACUUUAGGCUAGUUCCUAAAUGUUAUUCGAUAACGAAAACGUGUAUCAUUUGUUGAAUUUCACUUGUGUAACAGCCAACAUUUUAUUUUAUAACUUUAAAUGCUUUUUGCGUAAAGCUAAUAUUAUUAUUAAAGCGAUUUUAAUGACAUUCCUGAAUACAAUCUGAAUAGAAUUUACAUAUAAUGUUGGGGUGUGAGUAUUUUUAUAAUGAAUCAUGUAUAUAAACAAGUAACAAUUGAUCAGGUAGGAUAUAAAAAUGUAAAAGAUACCUAGCAUGUUGCAGAAGAUAAUUGAGAUUGAAUUAUAUAUAAAUUUUUAGUUCAAAUCGCUUUAAUAAAUAGAGUUUAUUGAGGUUGUUGGAUGAAAUUAUAUUUCGCUUGCCUAUUUGCAAUAUUGUACAGAUAUUAUUCAUGUAAGAUAUAUUUUAUGUAUAUUAUAACGAUUAGUUGGAGAAAUUGUGGUCCAGAGUGCCAAAAUAUUUUAUAAAGAUCUUCAAUAAGUACCUAGAUAUAAGGUUGAUCUCAACUUUGUACAUAUAUUAUUGUUAAGGCCAUGAUUGGUCGUAGCCAUAUUAAUUUAGCUUCACAUGUUACGAACAAAGUAUGUAGUAUGCAAAAUUGUUUAAUUAGGUACAUAAAUAUAUUUCAUUGCUGCAAACAAUUAUACCGACAGUAUUUACCAUUCGAUAAACUUAUUACUUAUUAUAAAAAAAAAAAUUUGCUUUAAGAGUGUAUAGCAGUUAGUGUCUUCGAUUAGUGCUUCCAGUAGCAGUGAAUAAUGCAAUAAUAAAUAUAUUAGGGGUUAAAGUAUGAAAUUGAAGAAUACCUACAGUUGAUUGUUAAGAUUUAUAAUUGAAAAUCAAACAAUCCGUGUCUUUAUUUGCAAUAAAUAGGGAUAAGUGAAUAUACAUUUGAGUUCAGAGUGGAAAGUGUAAGUUUUAAUUUAACGCGUUCACUAGUGAGCGUGUUAAGAAUUUGUAUGGAGAUUAGUAGUUCUUGGUAGUUACCAGGGGCGCUGCACGGUGGGCAGAAUCGGUCGUUAUCGGAACAAAAAUUAUAACUUCAUGAUUUUUUUGUAGUACCGCAAUGAAAUUUGGUACAAAUAUUC